AUGAAUGACAGCCAGGGCAAAGAAAAGGGUGAGGAAGCCGGCAGCAGCAAACGAUCAUCUCCAGUCAUGGAUGAGCUCUUCUUCCAUUCCAGCCCUACCUCCCAGGCUAGUACUGUCCAAGAUUGGGUGAAUCGUGAAUCCAAUCAGGUACGCAUCCUCAAGCGGACUAACGGAGUCCGCCGCAGAGCGAAAGAUCUGAUAAAACGUCUGCAGACCCUGUGGAUCGACGAAGACGAGAUUCCUGAAGCUCCUCCGUCUGGGCAAGAUGCCAGUCAGCUUGUCCGUGCAACUGAAACAGAUACCAGCUCUAACACAAGACUCACCAGUGACUGGAAGGCUCUGCUCGUCUGGAACCAUGACAGCAUCGGCGAUCUGAUGCGGCUGCUCAAGCUUUGGGCACUGCAUGGCGUGCCGGCCUGCGAUAUGGGCCUGUUCCUUGAGUCGAUGCUGUACCAACAUGAUGAGCAAAUGCACCACAAGUUGACCCAGUUAGUCGACGCUAACGAGACUUACGCGGAGAUUGCGCGCUUCGUUAUGCAGCACUACCAGAUCCGAGACGACGACAAGAUGCCGCUGUGGUUGAAUAUCGAUCUUGGGGACGCGAACUAUCGCCCGCGGGACAGGCAGCGGGAAAUGAACAACUCACUGAUUCAGCGCGAGAAGCUGAGGGAACGACAAGAAGCUUCGCAGCCGAAGCUGAGCACAAACCCUAAGGAAGUCGGACACCAACCCUGUUAUCACAUUCCUGCGCCACGACCUGCUCGUCCUAUUGAUUGGCCUUUGUUCCUAAGUGAUCUCAAGCUGAGCCAUUCCCUUGAGGGCAAUGAUGAGGACGAGCGUGGCGAGGAGGGAAGCACUCGUCGCAGCUUCGACGAGUCCUUCAUCCACCUGAGCAGUAUAAAUCCGAAGAAGACAGUCAUUUCCAAACAACCUAGGUCUUUGGCUCAAUCCAUGUCCGCCGAAUUGGUCAGUCCCGCGAAGACUGAUGUGGAGCAGCAGCAAACUGGAAAGGACGUCCCCCAUCGCGGAGUGUCCUCCCACCCAGAGACAAAAUCCGCUUUCAACGGUACUUCUACCAACAAUGACGAUUCCAAGACUGAAGCUUAUUCCUCGCAGCCUCAUUCCCCCAGGUCCGGUCAGCUCGGGACGUCGGGGGCUGACUCCUCUGCGUCUGGUUCUCAAUCUUCUCCUUCAGCAAGGAAUCCCCCUAGAGCCGCUGUUCUAGCCAGUGCCUUUAUUGAGCACAUAACCGAUGCUACAUGCGAGCAGCUCAGUGCUAUGGACGUUUACGAGGGUAUAGAUACUAAGGGAAGAAUGUUUCUCUAA